AAGGAAAAUGAGGAGGAAGAGAUGGAGAAAAAACAAAACUUAAGUGUUGUAAUGCUACCAUGGCUAGCUCAUGGUCAUAUAUCUCCAUACUUGGAACUAGCCAAAAGACUCUCCAAAAGAAGCUUCAAAAUCUAUCUUUGUUCAACCCCAAUCAAUCUAACCUCCAUCAACAAAAACCUCGUUCAUAACUAUUCAAUCGAACUCAUCGAAUUCGAAAUCCCAUCUCAACCAGACCUACCUCCGCAUUUCCACACAACAAACCGCCUUCCACUUCACCUACACAACUCUCUCAUAACCGCAGUGGCCAUGGCCAGCCCAACUUUCUCAAAUCUCAUCAAAACCCUAAAACCAGACAUACUAAUCUACGACUUCAACCAACAAUGGUCUUCAACCCUCGCCGCCGCACUUAAUAUACCCUCCGUUCAGUUCAUUACUGGGAGCCCAAUCUUUUUUUCUCAUGUCAUCCAUAGAUUGAAGAAACCCACUGAAGAUUUCCCUUAUCCCGCCUUGAAUCUUCCUGGAAUUUAUUGGAACAGGAAAUUUCUAGAAAUGUUUAAGCAGCAUAAAAAUGUUAGUAGCAGUAAUUCGGUCAUGGGUAGACCGUGUGGAAUAAUGUUCAUGAAGAGUAGCUUUGAAGAGGUAGAGAGGAAAUAUAUUGAGUAUGGUUCAGAGCUGUUUGGAGUAAAGAUUGUUCCAACAGGUCCGUUGAUUAAAGAUCCAGAAGAAGACGAUGAUAUCGAAAGUGAAAUCAUGGAGUGGUUAAACAGGAAACAGAUAUCCUCGACUGUGUUCGUUUCGUUUGGGACGGAGAACUUUCUCUCUAGAGAAGAAAUAGAGGAAAUAGCUAAAGGGUUGGAGUUAAGUAUGGUGAACUUCAUUUGGGUACUUAGAUUUCCGUUUGGGGAGAAGAUCUCCAUUGAAGAAGCAUUACCCAUUGGCUUUCUUGAAAGGGUAAAUACAGAGUCAGAUAGAAGAUUGGUGAUUGAUAAAUGGGUAUCGCAAUCUAGGAUUUUAGCCCACCCGAGUAUUGGAGGAUUUGUAAGCCAUUGUGGGUGGGGAUCUACUACCGAGGCUAUGGCGUUUGGAGUUCCAAUUGUGGCUAUACCGAUGCAGUUGGACCAACCUUUGAAUGCGAGGCUUGUGAACGAGGUUGGUGUGGGAGUGGAAGUUGAGAGAGAUGAGAAUGGGAAGUUUAGUGGAGAAGAGAUAGCAAAAUUGAUAAGGGAUGUGAUUUUAGGGGAGAAUGGGAAGAACAUAAGGGAUAAAGCUGUGGAAAUGAAAGGGAGAAUGAAAAUUGAAGGAGAAGAUGCAAUUGAUGGAGUUGUGGAAGAACUCUACAAACUUCACCACAAAAAUGUAUGUAUCAAUGAAGAAAACAACUAGUUUUCUAUGCCAUAUUUUUUUUUUUUUGCUCUCUUACAAAAAUAAAUGUUUUUAUUCAUAUCUCCUCACCUAUCAAUGCAAUUUUAUAAAGAAAAAUUUCAAUGUUUAAGAAAUAAUUCUCAUCCAAUUUAUAAGAAGAUGCUUCAACUUAAUUUCAAUUUGCAUU